AUGGAAAGACGACAUGGACUUAUCAUGGAGUUCAAAUUAAUAAAUCUUACUCACCUUUGCUUUGCUGAUGAUGUGAUGAUUUUCUUAAAAGUUAUUGUGGCAGCUGCUUCUAGUUUAAAAUCAGCUUUAAUUGAGUUUAGCAGUUACUCUGGAUUGGAGAUAAAUAACCAAAAAACUUCCCUAUUCUUCUCUGUUGUGGAUGAAGACACUUUGCAACAGAUUUUUUUAAUUUUAGAUUGCUCUCAAGGGGAAUUACCAGUCAGAUACCUUGGAAUACCUCUUCUUUCUACAAUAUUAUCUUAUAGAGACUGCUUGCCUUUACUGGAAAAAGUUGAUGAUAGAAUCUAUUCUUGGAAGUCCAAGUCUAUUGUUUAUCCAGAAACAAAGGUUGCUGAUUUCCUUAUCAAUGAUAGUUGGUUUUUUCCCAACUUUAUGGAAGAUGAAGUGCAGAAUGUAGUUGCUCAGAUUUCUUCAACAGACUUCAAUGUUUCUGAAAUUGAUCAAAUUUUUUGGAAGCCUAGCACUUCAGGUCAGUUUUCUAUAAAAGACACUUAUAUUUCUAUCUCUGAUCAUUUAGUCUCACAAGAUUGGAUGCCUUUAGUCUGGUUUAAGAAACACAUACCUAUACAUUCCUUCAUUUCAUGGAUUUCCAUUCAUAAAAUACUAAAAACUAGAAAUAAGCUGCUUAAAUGGGGGAUCACUGCGGAUGCUUCUUGUGUCCUUUGUGGUAAUGCUGUGGAGUCUGAAGAUCACAUUUUUCAUGCUUGUAUGUAUUCUGCUAGCAUUUGGCAAGGUCUUCUUCUUAAGCAUGGUUAUAUUAAAGAAUUAGAGAGUUCUUGGGAUGAAGAAAUAAGGUGGUGUAAUCAACAUUUUACUGGUACAAGUUGUGUCACCACAAUUAAGAAGUUGGUGCUAAAUGGUUUUAGUUAUCAUAUCUGGCGGGAAAGAAAUAACCGUGUUUUUAGAGCCACCUCUAAUUCUCAAGACCAAGUUAGUAUGCUAAUAGUUCAACAUGUUAGAUUUAAAAUGUUAUCUUCUACUUUAAAAGAAGACGAUAAUCCUUCAACCAAAUGGUUCAUGAGUCGCUGGAGCAUCGACUGUAUAUUUAUUCUGCCUGAAACCAUUUUUUGUACUUGGUUAUACCCUGAUGAUAAUGAGAUAAUGAUCAAUACUGAUGGCUCAAAGUAUGACUCUGCUGGGGGAUUUGGGGCUAUUCUGAGGGAUAAUACUGCUGAAGUUAUUGAAGCUGCUAGUGGAAAUGACCCUUUUAUUUCUGGUUUUGCUCAUGAAUUGCAAGGAGUGGAGCUGGGAUUUAAAAUGGCCAUCAAAAAGAAUCUCUUUCGGGUUCACUUGGCUACUGAUUCCAUGGCAGUGUACAAUUUGCUUACCAAUCCAAAUUUUGAACCUCCUUGGAAUGUUUUACAGAUUUGGAGAAGAGUUAAGAGAUUGCGAGAAAGGUUUGAAGUUUGCAGAGUCUCUCACUGCUACAAAGAAACCAAUAGGGCUGCGGAUUGA